AUGAGCAAUGGUACCAUUUCCCCCGUGGCCACCGGCAUCGCGGCCUCUGGAAGGGAUCAUUUGAAUGCUGCUGGUCAAACAAACGUCUUACUUCGGCAGAUAGACAGAAACAACGAUAAAAAAUUAUGCAUUCAUCAGGCUAUUGCACGUCGCUCGAAACAAAGUCCAAAGAGCGAAGCCAUCAGUGCAUGGGACGCAAAAUGGACAUAUGAGGAGCUCGAGGACCUAGCCUCCAGGCUAGCCAACAGGUUAAUCUCACUGGGCAUUGGCCCAGAAUCUCUAGUACCAUUCUGCUUCGAGAAAUCAGCUUGGGCUAUUGUUGCAAUUCUCGGCGUUCUGAAGGCAGGUGGUGCAUUUGUGCCUUUAGAUCCCACCUACCCCGUCGAUCGCUUGCGGACCAUCAUCAACGAAACCAAAGCCCGAAUUGUCCUAUCUUCUGUCCAAAAUGAGGAACUAUGCCGUGGAAUCGUCGAUCAUACCGUCGUUGUUAACGCUUCCGCUAUAUCCGAUCUGCCUGUCCAAGUCGGGAAUGAAUACAUGGCGGCACCAGAUAAUGCUGCAUAUGUCAUCUUCACAUCUGGGAGCACCGGCCGACCUAAGGGUUGUAUCGUUGAGCAUAGAGCAUUCUACUCAUGCGCUCUUGCCCAUGGCCCAGCCCACAGGGUCUGUUCGUCUUCACGAGUCUUGCAAUUCGCGUCGUACACUUUUGAUGCAUGCCUCGUCGAGAUACUCACUACUUUCAUUUUCGGGGGAGUGGUAUGCAUUCCGAGUACCGAAGCGCGAUUGAACGAUUUGGUCAGCUUUAUGAACAGUUCACGCGUUAACUUGGCGAUUCUGACACCAAGCGUUGCUUCCUUACUCAAACCAACAGACUUGCCACUCCUGGAAACGCUGGUUAUGGUCGGAGAACCCGUCAAAAAGAGUCAUGUAUCGUUGUGGUCCACAAUACCCAAUCUCCUCUGCGCGUAUGGGCCUACAGAGACAGCUGUUUCGGCAACUGUGAAUCCUCAACUCCUUGCAGACUCUCCUGCGAAUAUAGGUAGUCCUGUUGGUUGCCACAUACGAAUAGUUGAUCCUGAAGAUCACAACAAGCUCGUGGUAUCAGGUGAUGUCGGGGAGUUGCUUAUUAUAGGAAAAAACCUGGCCCGAGGAUACCUCAAUGACCCGGAAAAGACAACUGCCUCAUUUGUAAAUGUCGCCGGAGAACGAGCCUAUAAGACCGGAGAUCUGGUCCGCGAAGGCCAUGAUGGUAGCCUUCAGUUCGUUGCUCGUAAGGAUACACAAAUCAAAAUCAAUGGGCAGCGAGUUGAACCUGGCGAGAUUGAGGAAUGUAUUCAGAGCUCUGCAAAAGCAGCGGCUUCCCUUGUGUUGAUACCUCGGGAAGGUCUGUACAAAAUGCGGUUGAUAGCUGUUGUGCGGCUCAAACCAGGCUGUAUAGUAGCACCAGAGGGUAAGGCGGGAUUAAAUAUUUUGCAAGGAGCUUGUCUCUCUGGAGUCCAACCUGCACUUCUGUCAAUACGCGAGCACCUGGCACUUAGCCUGCCAUUGUUUAUGCGUCCGUCGCUUAUCAUUCCGGUCUGGCAGCUCCCGUUGCUGGCAUCUGGAAAAAUCGAUCGAAAUGGAAUUACCAGGUGGAUUGAGACUCUUGAAGAAUCAACUAUCGCUGAGAUUGAUCCUACGAUGCAUAAUAGAGACCUGCAAUUGGAGACUUUGAACAUGGUCGAGAGCCUUUUGAUCAAUAUCUGGUCAGAAGUCCUCAAUAUUCCUGUCGAACGAAUCGACCCUAACCUAAGUUUUAUCUCGCUCGGAGGCGACUCAAUCUCGGCUAUGCAGAUAAGAGCACUGUGUCGGGAGAAAAGAAUUGCAACCAAUGUCCAUGACAUCCUCAGAUUCAAAACGAUCAGGAAAAUCGCCCCUCAUGUUAAGCAGACUUCAGCAAUAAGACCCCUUCUUGAACCCGAUGAUGGUAGUUCAUUCAACUUGUCCCCGAUACAGCGAAUGUUCUUCGAAGCCGCUCCCUACGGAGAGAAUCACUUCAACCAAAGCUUUCUAUUAUUCUCGAAUAAGACUAUGAAUCAAGUUGAGCUAAGAAGGGCUCUGGACCUUAUUGUGGCACGCCAUGAUAUGUUACGUGCUCGAUUUCAUGUGGAUGAAGCUGGCCGUUGGAUGCAGAGUAUCUCACCUGAAAUUUCGACAUCACACCAAUUCGCAUACCACCAAGUAUCAAAGCGUGAAGAAAUUGAAGCUAUGGCUGAGGACGCCCAAAAAAUGCUAGAUAUCCGCCAUGGACCAGUAGUUGUCUCUCAACUUUUCCACUUCGAUCAGAAAUCAUUCCUUUCGAUAACAGUUCACCAUGCUACUUUUGACCUUGUAUCGUGGCGAGUGAUCCUAAAUGACCUUGAGAGCGUCUUGAGAACGCCUAAUUCUGGCCUUCAGAAACCUGUCAUGCCGUUCCGGCACUGGCUCAAAUUGCAAGAAAACUUUGGAGAAAGUCAUCUUGAUCCGUCCAACGUCUACCAUUCGAGGCUUCCAUCAUCAAAUCUUUCGUUCUGGGCUAUGCAUGGUCAAGCAAACAAGCACUUUGACAAGGUCGAAUCAACUUUUAUCUUGGACACACAAGCCAGCGGCUUCCUCCUUCGAGACGGGCCCAGACUUACAAAGGCAGACACCAAUGAGAUUUUGCUUGCAAGCUUGAUCUGUGCCUUUGCAAAAGUCUUCCCCGAUCGGGAGACUCCGGUACCCUACGUGGAAGGGCACGGUCGUGAGACUUGGGAUGCCAAUAUUGAUAUCACUGAAACAGUCGGCUGGUUUACUACGUUACAUCCCGUCCUGGUCAAAAUCGACACUGGACAGGAUUUCAUUGAUGUGAUCCGUUACACAAAGGAUGCUCAUCGUUCAGUCCCUUGGAAGGGCUGGGGCUACUUUACCUCGCGCUACCUCAAUUCUAAGGGCAGAAAAGUCUUUAAAAUUGAAGAGCCUAUGGAAAUCGUGUUCAACUUUUCUGGCUCGUAUCACCACAUUGAGCGUCCGACUGCAUUGUUUCAGCAGGUGCCAUGGUCAACGCGAGAAUCUGUUGCAGGCCGCAUGGAGCGUUUCAGUCUAUUUGAGAUAUCUGUGGAUGUCUCACAUGACCGCCUGGCAUGUACAUUCGUGUGGAAUUCCAAGAUGGCUCACCAAACUCGUAUCAUUGAGUGGAUAGACUCAUUUCGUCAUCUCCUGAGCAAUCUCUCAACAUCGAUUUCUCGAAUCGAGAAGCAUCCCUAUUCACCUAGUGAUUUUCCGUAUGCAAAAUUGACUUACGAGUCACUCGGGGAUUUGGUUUCAAGAGUAGCACCAGAGUUGAAUGUCAACUUCGAGGAAGAUGUUGACGAUAUCUAUGUCUGUACGCCAAUGCAACAAGGCAUACUCCUGAGCCAGGCUAAGAGUCCAUCAUUAUAUGUGACUGAGACAAUCUGGAUGGUCGAAAUGGCCCCAGGUAACCAAAACAUUGAAACUAGCCGUCUCGCAGCAGCAUGGGGAGCUGUUGUAGCUCGUCAUGCAAACCUAAGGACAGUCUUUUUCGAGCAAAAUACGUUGGAGGCGAAUUUCUUGCAAGUAGUUCUCAAAAAUCCUCGCCUUCGGAUUGCACAUAGAAAAUGGGAUGGGCCCGAGCCUCCUCAGCCGGGCGCCAGAAUCGCCGCCUAUAAGCCAGGAGAUCUGCUCCACUCUUUCACCAUAUUCCGAGGCUGUGGAGAUAAGAUAUUUUGCUCUCUGAAAAUCAGUCAUGCAAUGAUGGAUGGUCUGUCAAUUGACAACAUCGUUUAUGACAUGCUACAAGCAUAUGAUGGAAAAUUGUCGCGACAACCCCCGAUUGCGUUGGAAGAAUAUUUCAUCCACGUGCAAGAUCAGCAAAGGGCUCCAGCGCUGCAAUAUUGGAAGGCUCGACUCUACGGGGCCGAGCCAUGUUACCUCCCGAAGCUCAACGACCUUGUAAAUCCCCAUUCAACGAGUCAAGCACUUCGUUCUAUCGUCAACGAGAGCGAUGCGUCCUACUUAUGGGCUUUUUGUGAGAGACAUGGUAUUACAAUGCCCAUGCUUUUUCACUUUGGCUGGUCCUUGAUUGUUCAAGCUUUCACAGGUAGCAGUGAUAUCUUAUUUGGCUAUCUUACCUCCGGCCGUGACAUACCCAUCAAGGGUAUUGAGGGUGCGGUUGGCGCAUUUGCAAAUCUACUUGUUUGCAGAAUCAAGCUCGAUUCCGCGUCAACGGUGGUUGACAUGCUGAACUCGCUACAAUCUCAGAUGGUUGUAGACCGCGAACAUCAGUUCCUAUCUCUAGGAGAUAUUCAGCAUGCUCUGGGAAUGCAUCGGCCGCUAUUUAAUUCUAUUCUGUCGUACCAGAAGCACGAAAUGUCCAGAGUAGCAGCAAGAUCAAGUAUUGAAUUUGAAAAGAUUGGCGAGUCGGACCCCAGCGAGUAUGGCCUAGCACUUGGGGUGCAUGAAUUUGACAAACGUCUUUUCGUGAAGAUGGAAUAUCUCUCGGAUUUGUUGUCAACGGAUCAUGCAUCGCAUGUUUUGGAAAGCUUCCAAGCGGUGCUGCUUUCAAUCACGAAAUCUCCUACAGGGCCGCUAUCUUGUAUCGAGGUAUUAAGUACGAAAGGCCGAGAAAGAAUCAUCGAGAUUGCUGGCCCUAAUCAGCUUCGUGCAGAGGGCACAAUUCAAUCUGCCUUCGUGAAUCGUGCCAGAAUACAAAUAAACGACCCUGCAGUCGACUCCUGGGAUGCGCAAUGGACGUAUGGGGAGCUUCUCGAACUAUGUUGCAGUCUUAGAAGAGAUCUAAGUAAGAUUGAUAUCACCACGGGAACCGUGGUGCCUCUAUGCUUUGAGAAAUCUGCAUGGACAAUUGUCGCUAUGAUAGGAGUGUUGAUGGCUGGGGGCAGCUUCGUUCUCCUAGACACGUCUCAGCCAGCUGCUAGGCUCCAGAGAAUCAUUGACCAGGUAUCUCCAAGACUGAUCAUCUCUUCUCGAAAUCAAGAGAGCCUCGCGAGAAACCUAUCGAAAGCCGUCUACAUCCUCGAACCAGAAAUACUGACGAAAACACAGGGACGGGAUGUUGAUGAGCUAGCCUUAGCAAACAACAAUUCUAAUGACUCUGCGUUCAUCGUUUUCACUUCCGGUUCAACAGGAAAUCCCAAAGGGGUAAUAUUGUCUCAUUCCGCGUUUGUAUCAGCAGCCCAAGCUCACACUGCUCCCCUGAAGCUUCAUAGCUCUUCUAGGGUCCUUCAAUUUGCAUCAUAUAGCUUCGAUGCCUGUCUUUUAGAGAUGCUCACCACACUUACUGUUGGAGGCGUUGUUUGCAUACCGUCGGAGGGCGAUCGUUGGUCCAAUCUAGCACACGUCAUCAAAAACAUGCGGAUAACAUGGGCUAAUUUGACCCCUCUUGUUGCCGAACUACUACUUGAGGAUGACUUGCCACUACUUCAGACUAUUGUUAUCGCUGGAGAGACAAUGUCAACCGAAUCAAUUCGACGCUGGAAACGAAGCUCGAUAGAAAUCAUCAACGGAUAUGGACCAACCGAAACGUGUAUUGCUGCCACGUUGAAUCCUAGUUUUGUUGACCUUCAGGACAUAUCAAACAUCGGACGGCCUAUUGGAUGCCGAUCUUGGGUAGUGAAUGAAUAUCUGCAAGCAGUUCCCAUUGGCGCAGUGGGGGAGCUCAUUCUAGAAGGGCCAACACUUGCAACAGGCUACCUUGGAGACAUCUCAAGGACCGAAGCUGCAUUUAUCAAACCACCUGUGUGGCUUCCCACUCCGUUCGACAGAGUUUACAGAACUGGCGACCUUGUCAGGUACGAAAGUGACGGAUCCCUUAGCUUCGUGGGAAGAAAGGAUACAUCACAAAUCAAAAUUCGUGGUCAGCGAGUCGAGCUCGACGCCGUCAAACACGAAAUCAGCAAAAUGCUUGACAGCCACUUUCAACUUUUCAUUGAAUUUGCUCUCGUAGACAAACUGAGAAGACGAGUUCUGAUUGCUUUUCUCACGGAGAAUCCACCAGAUGAAACUGGCAGCUCGUGUGCUCUGAAGUAUGAUGAAAGACUCAAAAAUCAGCUUGAGCAUGCCAAAGACGCCGUUCAAACAUCAUUACCCGCAUAUAUGGUUCCGGAAUUGUACAUUCCGCUGUCGAAUGUCCCUCUCAUGCCUUCCGGAAAACUAAAUAGGAGACUCUUGCAUGAAAUGGUAAGAAGUCUCACAUCUUCGCAAAUGAGGUCUUACUCACUGGUUCGAGAAGCUGGGCCUAUCGAACCGCCUUCGUCCUCAAUGGAGAGAACUUUGGCCAAUAUGUGGGCUCAGCUUAUUAAAUGUGAGAUGGAAGAGAUAUCAAGGCAAAGCAAUUUCUUCCAUAUCGGAGCAGAUUCGGUGGCUGCUAUGAAGCUGACUAGCCUUUCUCGAAGCCAGGGCAUGCAUUUAACUGUUACGGAAGUAUUCCAAAAUCCACGUUUGUUUGAGAUGGCUAUCAUUGUUGAGGCCAAUCAUGAGAGACUAUUGGUUCCCCAGAUUAAUGAAACUCCGUUCUCACUACUCAACGGUGACGACCUUCGUGAUCCUACGGCUGCUUCUCGUUCGAUUGCCGCUGCCCAGUGUGGUGUCUCAAUCUCGCAGAUUCAAGACGCUUACCCUUGUAGCCCUCAACAAGAGAGUCUAGUUGCAGCCGCAAUCAGGUUUCCUGGUAGUUAUAUCACGAAGCACUCCAUCCUGCUACCACAAGCUAUCGAUAUGCCUCGUUUCAUGAGAGCGUGCGAACUUGCCUAUGCUGGUAUUGACAUCUUGAGGACGAGAAUCUUCUUAUUCAAGGCUCAAAUGCUACAAGCAGUUAUUGAAGAGACAUUAUCAUGGGUAACAGACGAGGAACAGAGCAGCACUCCUGCGUUGGCAGACUUUGGAGCUCGUUUAAGUGUGUUUGCUGUGGGGAGAGUUGAUGAUGAGCGUCAUGUUUUCACACUGACGAUGCACCAUGCUAUCUAUGAUGGAUGGUCUCUACAGCUUCUUUUCAAGUGUAUCGAACAAUGGUACCGGAGCAGCACACAGAUAUCUCCCGCCCAGUACAAAGACUUUAUCGCAUACAUCACAACAUCAAGAAGCAUCGAUGCAGAACGAUUUUGGUGUUCAGAGUUAGCUGACAGCUCCCCAACAAACUUCCCUACGACCAAGAUGACUGGUCCGUACCAUCUAAAGACCAAAGGCGGAGUCAGGUGUGAGCUCCCAGAUAUCCUCGAUAUCACGAAAUCGGUCAUAAUUCGAGCAGCGUGGACUCUCGCCAUUUCUCACUUGACAACUUCCAACGACAUUGUGUUUGGUGCGGUUCUAAAUGGUCGUAAUACUCCGAUUAUUUCAGCAAUGGAAAUCAUUGGCCCUAUGGUGGCGACGGUACCGGUUCGUGUGAAGUUCAAACGUGAGCAAUCUGUGAGCGACCUGCUCGACCAAAUGCAAAGACAAGCGACAGAAACAAUCUUGUAUGAGCAUACUGGGCUGCAGAAGAUAAAGCAAAUGUUAGAGAACGAAAACGCAACCAAUUUUACAAGUCUCCUGGUUGUGCAAUCGGCGGAAUCUGGAAUAGAGACGUUCACCUUCCUAGACUCAAGCAUCACGCCGGACGACAGGGGCAGCGUUGACGUCUAUCCGCUGAUUUUAGAGUUUGCCCCUUACGAUGAAUUUGGUAUGAACAUUGCCGCUCGUUAUGACCCUACCGUUGUACCGGAAACCGAGCUGGAAUCAGUUCUACAUAUACUACAAGACGUGUGCCUCCAGCUAGGUGAUCAAAAACAUACCAAGUCGGUGGGCGAUAUCAUGUCCUAUCUCCAAUUGUAUCACAAGCUUGACCACAAGGAGGAGGCAAACUGCCACGAAGAUGAGCAAGAUAUUAAAGCCAAUGGCAAUGCCCACGUCGAGCGUCAUACAUUAGAACAAUCAAUCUACGAAAACGAGCUAAGAGAUCUCUGGGCAGUGCUCCUUGAUAUCCCAGUGAAUCGUAUUGAUCGACGCAGCAACUUCUUGCACCUUGGAGGCGAUUCCAUCGUGGCAAUCAAGUUGAGUAUGGCAGCUAGGUCUAAGAACCUUGUUUUGCCCGUUGCCACUAUUUUCAGUAGUCCUGUCCUUGCUGUAAUGGCCUUGUCAAUUCAACCCUUGAGCGCCAUUCAACCGGAAAUACAACGGGAUUUGACUCCUUUCUCUCUCCUUACAAUACAACAAGAUGAUUCGCUGGAGAGAAUCGUUGACUCAUGUACAGCUCAAUGUAAUCUCAGUCCAACGGAGGUCGAAGAUAUCUACCCAUGCACACCGUUACAAGAAGGGUUCCUAGCUCUUUCUCAGAAGCAGCCAGGCACAUACAUUGCUCAGCAGAUCUGGCGGAUUCCAAGGACUAUCAAUCGUGCCGCGUUCAUAGAUGCAUGGGAGACAGUCAGCCUACAUCACGGCAUUCUGAGAUCACGGAUCAUUGUUCAUGAGUCCAAAAUGCUACAAGCAUUGGUAAAAUCGCCAAUCAGGGUCGAACACUCCACCGUCAAGGAUCCGCUGAAGGCGCUGCAGAAAGUUGUCUUUUCACCAGGCCUAGGUGAUCCUCUGGCACAAUAUCUGCUACUCGACGACGGAGAAGAAAACACCUAUUUCAUCUUCUCAGCUCAUCAUGCCAUUUUCGAUGCUUGGUCAUUGCCCCUGCUCUUUCAGGAUGUUGGAAAACUGUACAACAAUCGCGCAAUAACACUGCCAGUGGCCUUUAAUGUCUUCGUGCAUCAUGUAAUGAAAAGCGAUAUGAAAUCGAACCUAGACUUUUGGCGAAGAUACUUCAGUGACUUGGACUUGGUACACUUUCCCAAACCUUUGGCUGAAGGAUACCACUCAGAAACAAACAUCGAGAAGAUAUCGUUGCAGAUCCGGCUUCAGGGCAGUGUCCAGGCUCACGUUACCACUGCGGCCCUGUUAAGAGCAGCUUGGUCAUUGACACUGAGUCACUACACGAACACUGAUGAUGUGGUAUUCUGGUCGACGUUGCAUGGCCGAGACACAGACCUUCCUGGUAUCACAGAGGUGGAUGGGCCAACCUUGGCUACAAUACCAACACGGAUGAAAGUGAUAAGGGACGAGUCAGUGUACAAUUUUCUCACGAAUGCCCAAGACGACUUGAAUUCCAUCACUCCUUUUCAACAUUUUGGGAUCCAAAAUAUACGACAAGCUAGUGACGAUGCUCUAAAAGCUUGUGAUGCAACAACCCACCUCAUGAUACAAGCGGAAGAAGAGGCUGGCAUAACCUGGCUCGACCUUGAACAAAUUCACCCACUCCUGUCCAACUACACAUCAUAUCCUCUUGCUCUGGACUGCAGAAUCCGUGGUGACGAGAUUGAAACUAUAAUCUACGCCAAUUCUGAGGCCAUGUCGAGAAUCGACACGGAAAGAGUUAUCGAGCAUUUCACAUACACCAUUCAGCAACUCAGUGAAAGCGAACCUGAUAGGCUGCUGGGCGAAGUCGAAAAAAUAAGUUCCCAUGCAGCGAUGACGCUUAAGAUCUGGAAUAAACAUGUCCCCAAGAUGAUCCAUAAAACAAUACACGAAGUUAUUCAUGAUCGCUCCAAAUCCUUUGCUCUUCGACCAGCGGUGUGCGCUUGGGAUGCUGAAUGGACGCAUGAGCAGCUUGACAGUAUUUCUUCUCGCCUAGCCUUGCAACUCAAAGAGGUUGGUGUGACGCCAGAAAGUAUCGUUCCGGUUUGCUUCGAAAGGUCUGCCUGGAUGGUGGUCGGCAUGCUCGCAGUACUCAAGGCUGGUGGUGCCUUUCUCCCAUGGGACCCAGCUCACCCAGAGGAACGCCGCAGCGAAAUGGUCAGGCAGACUAACUGCUCCAUAAUCCUGACCACCCGCACAAAUGCCGAGCUCUGUGCUGGGCUUAGCAAGGUGCUCGUUAUCGUUGAUCCUGUCUCGCUUCAGUCCACAAGUACUCAGAGUUUAGAAGCAACUGACUUUCACCGCGACUGCACCUCCGCGGCAUAUCUUAUCUACACGAGCGGGAGUACCGGCAGACCUAAAGGAGUCGUCAUCACACAUGAAGCAUACUCAAGUUCUGGUCUGGAGCACGGUCCCGUGCAUCAAAUUGGUCCAACAUCGAGAGUUCUCCAAUUCGCCUCGUAUAGUGUGGACGCCAUUUGCCUGGAGAUCCUCACAACUCUGAUGAUGGGAGGCUGUACUUGUAUACCAAGUUCCCUUGACCGGGACAGUCGAUUGCAGCAAGCAUUGAGGAACAUGGAGGUCUCGGUACUUGCACUUACACCUUCUGUGCUAUCAGUGCUUGCCCCGGAGGAUCUCCCUAGUUUGAAGACCUGCAUAAUGGUUGGAGAGCCUGCUCCCACCGCUCUUGUGGAGCGCUGGGCCCAAUGCGCACAUCUCAUAAAUGGAUACGGUCCGACUGAGACAUCGCUUGCGGCUGUGAUGAACCAGAAGAUGACAGCGAAGACCGGGGCAAACAUUGGCCGUGCUGUUGGAUGUGCCACAUGGAUCGUCGAUCCAGAGAAUCACGACAAGCUUGUGCCGAUCGGGGCAGUUGGGGAGUUGCUUAUUGAGGGACCAACUUUAGCACGGGGCUAUUUGCAUGACCAAGCAAAGACGGAUGCUGCCUUCAUCCUCAACCCCCCCUGGCUUUCAAAGCCGGGAACUAAAUUGUACAAGACUGGUGACUUAGUCAAAUAUGCGGACGACGAAACAAUCAUCUUUGUUGGCAGGAAAGACAGUCAAGUUAAGGUCAAUGGCCAACGCGUGGAACUCCGUGAGAUUGAACAUCACAUCAAGAAGAAUAUGGUUGCACUUGACCAAGUCGUCGUUGAAGCUUCUCGGAAUGAAGAUGGACGAGCUCGAACACUCGUUGCUUUUCUAACCAUCAAGCCUGAGUUCUACGCUGAACUAGGCCUCUCUGUGGAGAGUAAAGGAGCAUUCCCUACGAGUCUGACACUAGAAACGGAAUUGAAGACACUCGUCAAAGCUUUGGUUUCCUUUCUACCCGUUUACAUGAUGCCCACGAUGUGGGUGCCAUUGUACGAGAUCCCGGUGGCAACAUCAGGCAAAGUGGAUCGAAAAAGGCUCGUCGACCAGGCAAACAUGGUGGUCAAGGAUAAACGUCGCGAGCAUUUCCUUUCAUCUUCGGCCAGUAAAUGUGCACCCGAGACUUCAAUGGCUGUCCUUCUGCAAAAGCUUUGGGCAGAGGUGUUGAGGAUCUCUGCGGACCAUAUUAGUGCUGAUGACAGCUUCUUUCGGGUUGGUGGGGACUCGAUUGCGGCGAUGAAACUUUCCGGUCUUGCGAACGCCCGCAAGUUGCGCUUGAGUGUCCAGGUAGUUUUUGAGUAUCCCGUGCUUCGAGAUAUGGCAGAUCAAAUGGAACUCAACAGCGGGCGGCCGGAGCCCGACACCUGCGUCUCCCCAGGUGGGCCAUUACCUUUCUCACUGGUAGACCGGGAUGAAGCUGUUUUGAAGCAAAUCAUUUAUAGCAGAGCUGGCCAGAACAACUUGGAGAUUGAGGAUGUGGUUCCAGCUACUGAUUUUCAGUCUUGGGCCGUGGGAUUCAGCAUUUUACAGCCAAAAGGGUUUGUCACCUACAUGAUCCUCACGCCGAGUGAGCCUUUUGACUACAGCCGCUUGUCAGAAGCAAUUCGAGCCACCGUAGCUACUAUUCCAAUCUUGCGGACGGGGUUCUUCCUCGAAGAUGGACACCUAUUACAAGUGAUCUUCCGUGAUUUUUCACCGAAGCUUGAUCACCACAAAAGUAGCAUAAGUAACUUAACAUCAGCACGAAAUGAGUGGCUGUCGAGAGACACAGAGCGGCCUACUGAAAUGUUGAACCCCGUGACACAGUUCACAUUAUUGAGCACUAGCCUUCAGAAUGAGCAGUGCCUGAUAUUGCGUUUGUCUCACGCUCAGUAUGAUGGGGUUUCUUUCCCACGAGUCUGGGAGACUCUGCACAAGGCAUUGUCGAGUACUGAGAUAUCGCCCCAGCCAUCUUUCUCUGCUCUUGUCGAGGCCGUCCAUGGCAUUACUCAUUCUCAGAAGACAUUGAACUAUUGGAGCGAACUCCUGAAGGAUUCGUCAAUGACACCGUUCAAUUCCCAAAUCAAACCAACCUACGCAUAUCCGCUCAAUAAGACCCACAAAUACACGAUUCCAUGGGUUGUUGAACCCCAACAUCAAGAUUUCACGCAAGCGACGGUUGUGAAAGCAGCAUGGACUUUAGUUCUCUCACAUCUCAACUCAACACAGCACGAACAUGGAAUGACUCCAUUACGAGAUGUUGAUAUCACCUUUGGAACUCUUGUCUCUGGGCGCGCUGCUAGCUCUAUCCCACACAAGGAUGCAAUCGGGCCAUUUCUAAACAUCGCCCCUGUUCGCGUGAAGUUCGACUUCGCCACCACGCUCAACGAACUGGUCAUGUCAAUCCAGAAGCAGCAUACAGCAUCACUUCCUUACGAGAACAUGGGAUUUCGUGACAUCAUCCGAACCUGUACAAAUUGGCCGAGUCAUACACGUUUUAGUUCAGUGGUACAACACCAAAACUUGCCUGAGAUCAUGGAUCAAGUCAACAUCGGAGAUCUUGGUUGCCACAGCGAAGCGUGGAGGAAAGACGUCGACAGCAGCGACAUUGCUGUUCUGUCGACUCCCCUUGUGGAACCCAAAGGUGGAAAAGACGAGAGAAACCUGCAGCUGGAAAUUGGUUAUUGUGACCAAAUCAUAGACGAGAAUGAGGCUAUGGCGCUGGUAGAGUGUUUGGGGAAACUCGUUCAGAUCAUCGUUUCCGACGUCUCGAACAGCAUGCGAGUCGGUGACAUCUUGAGUAAAGCACAUGUGUUCGAGGGUGUGCCAAACCACCCUUACUAUGCCCCCGAACACAAAUCCACUGGCACGUUUCCAAAUAUGAACGAGGCCAACCGAGACGAAGCAAGCACAGGGGAAGAAGACACCCGUCUCAUUGAAGCAGAUCUCCUCGCACUCUGGCGGAAAAUCCUCAAGCUCCAGAACGAACAAGUCGCGCGAGAUGUGCCGUUCUCGGAUCAUCGUGGCGGGGACUUCGUUGCGACGUGCCUCCUGACGGAGAUGUUGCGCCAACGAGGCUAUCACGGAGUCUCGGUGCAGGAGAUGCUGGUGCACGACUCGGUCGCACGGCAGGCGAGCCUGCUCUUGAGGAUGAGGAAAUGA